GACGUAGAUAUGAUCAACCUCUUGGGCUUGUGCAACUUGGAAUCCAUGGCACCCAUUCGGAUUCGAAAACCAUUCUGUAGUGCAAUAGAUCGAAGUCCUGUCCAGGGAGUGUACGAACAAGGUAUUUUCAGCACAUUUUUUGCCGGGAAUGAGGUUCCGGGCCGAUUCAGCCAUAAAAGUAGAAGGUCCUCCAUAUCUUUUACUGUGACUUUACCUGAUAAACACAGAAUUAAAGCCUUGGUCAUCUUCGCCGUCAUCUGCGCUGUCUAUGCGAGUUCUAGCUUUAAUUUUACUCCCAAUCUGAUGGUUGGUUUUAAAUAUAAUGCGGAUGUGAUGGCUAGAGUCAGAAAUAAGAGCAAGGGUCUGAAGUGGUACUAUAGCCCAACACACAACGGUAUUCCAGGUGAAGGAGAAGACAUGAUAUGGUUAAGCCACUGGAAGUUUCAGGAUGAUCACUUAGAAGGCGGCGAUCGAGUGGUUGUUUCAGUUGUUACGCAACCUUUCCUUCGAGUAAAGGAGUUAGGCAUCCAGAUUGUGCAGGAACAAGAAGAGAAUCAUAAUACUGUGAUGAGUACCCAACGCAAAACCAUUCACCUUCGUGCAUAUUCUAGUGAAAUUCACCCAGGAGAAUACUUGUUCAAUGAUGAGGACUCUGAUGAAGAUACAACAGACAAAGAAGAAGAGCAGGAUGAUCACGCUAUUGCGGCUACCACAGGCAGCAAUAAAUUCGGCGGCCUCCGUGGCUGGAAGGUGCUCAUCACCGCAGCUUGCUUCUUUGUCACUCUGUCUCUAAUCACUCGGUCUUCUCUCUCUUAAAGAAAGAAGCGACAGUCCACAAGCCGUGGCUGAAUUUUUUGUACAUCUCAACUCAACAGCUGGUUAAUUGACCGACAGAGUGGCUUUCUUCCUUCAUAUAAAUCAACACCAAACUUUUGUCUUUGCAUAUAUAAUUAUAUAUAGCCAAUGUCUUCCUAAGACCAAUUCGUUUCAUAGCAUCGAAUACAUCUUCUACUGAUCUAAUCAAAUACAAAAUUUAAGAGCCUGGAUCCAAAGGCCCAUACACUAUACUACAGAAGCUCGUUUCUGGUUCUUCAACCCAAACAAAUUAUUGAGCCAUGAAAUUUACGAUCUUCUCAUG